ACAGCAGUCGUUACUUCGUACUUCCGUAUGUACCUGACUGUUGCUAAGAGGUAACGUAGUGUGUAACGCAACCUGCAACUCUGUGGACAGGCACACUGCUGUGUACGGGGCGCCGUGAUUUAUUUUAAAUCCUGCCACGUUCGCGAUUCCCGCGCCCUGUUCAAGCCGCCUCGAACUGAGGAUGGUGCCGACAUGGCCGACGUGACGACGGCGUUCAACGCCCUCUUGAAGGGCCAUGAAGCGCCGGCCACCAAGCCCUUUAGCCCGGACACGGCCGACGAGUUCCUGAAGGAAGCAUAUCGGAUAAACUCGCUCAUUGCCCGCCUGCACUCCGAAUUGCGCAACUUGCGCCAAGCGUACCUCUCAACAGCCGCUCCGCGAAAAACACUCCUGCGCACUGCUGCGUCUCGUCCGGCGCCCUCGCAACAUGUCUACCUUACGGACCGGGAUCGAGAGGAGAUUGAUGCGAACGCCAAGAUGACACUCCGCGACCUCAACGCUCGGAUUCGCGCGCUUGAGGAAGCCGAGCAGCUGCGGCAGAAUACCGAGCUCGCCCUGAUGCGGAAGCGCUGGUCUCGCGGACUCGGCGCGCUAGGAUCGUGGGCGGUCAGUGACGGUGCCCGCAGUGAGCAGGCCGCCCUCGAAGCUGCCGCUCGACAGCUUGGAGCUCAUCGAGAGAGCGUGAUCUGGUUCCUCAGGACACGGCUGCAAGAGACGGCACGGACACAACAGCACAUGAUGGAGACGCGCCUGGCCAGGGAAAUGGAGAAGAACAGGAGCGUGCUGGCCAAGGCUCGGGGCCCGGCUAUGGCAAUGGGUAUGCACGGCGCUGCAAACCACAGCGCUGGGAAACCGCCAGCGAGCGCAGCCGCCAGUGGCACUGGCUUGCCAGUGCCGGUGGAGGGGGAAAGAAAACCCGUGAUGGACGCUCUCACGGACGACCAAAAGCAAAUGUUCGAAAAGGGCAACCAGGACAUGCUCCGACACCUCGAGAGCACCCUCGACAAAGUCAGGACGGCCGAGAACUCCCUCAUUGAAAUUGCCGAGCUUCAGAACCUGCUCGUCAGUAAUCUUGCCACGCAAUCGGCACACAUUGACCAGUUGGUUGCGGAUUCGCUCGAGACCACCGAGGGCAUCGGCAAGGGGAACAAAGAGCUGAAGAAGAGCGCAGGGAGAGCCAGCCCGGCCCGAUACACCUUCUUUGCCGCUGCUGGGCUCUGCACUGUUCUGAUUCUUUGGGACCUGAUUAUCUAGGGGGCAGCGCUGCGAUGGGCUGCCGAAGCUGAACCUGGGAAGUGUCUGCCCAACGGAGUUUCCCACACAAUAGCCAAAUAUACACCGCAGCAAGACAGGAGUUAGCCUGGUGAUGUGCACACAUUUAGCGGAAUGUGGCUCUGGAGGGAAUAGCUCCGUAAGUUAAGUUGAUUGCCUCACGCUUUUCCUUUCACGUGCAAAGUUGUUCUCCCGUUUACUGCAUAACUUCCUAGUUAUUCCUUAAGUCUGUUGGCGCGUAAAACCGGUUUGGGGGCCAAUGAUAAAAUACGACGGAGGGCUGCCGAAGUGGCAGGUCCAUUCCUCGCUCGGCUCACUCAGGUUGGAGCUGCGCGUUUUCUCACACGGUGCCGCCCGCGGACGGAUC